AUGCACAACGCCACCGCCACCGCCCCCUCCCCGUCCCCCGCCGGGAUCACCGCCGGCGGCCACGCCCCGCCCUGGGGGUCCCCGGGCGCGGUGCUGCCCUGGCCCAACGGGUCGUCGCCGUCGCCGGAGUCCCUGUGGAACCUCACGAGUGGCAGCGACUACUACGACAACGGCUCGCUGCCCGCGGACGUGGGCGCCCUGUUCGUGGCGCUCACGGCCAACCUCGGCGCGGACCUCGCGGCCGUCACCGGCAACGGCUCCGACGCCCCGCUCACCAACUGCUCGGCGAUCAACGGCACGGCCAACGCCACCGGCUGCGCGGCGGGCGACGCGGCGCCCGAGGAGAUGCCGCCGCGCCAGUACUGGGCGCUCAUCCUGGUGCUGGUGCCGGUGCUGACGCUGUUCGGCAACGUGCUGGUCAUCCUGGCGGUGUACCGCGAGCGGGCGCUGCAGACCGUCACCAACUACUUCAUCGUCAGCCUGGCGCUGGCCGACCUGCUGGUGGCGGUGCUGGUGAUGCCGUUCGCCGUCUACGUUCUGGCGUAUGGAGGACUGUGGGAAGGGGAGGGAAAUGGCGAAGAGAGCGUAAGAGCGUGCUCGCGCGCGGGUCGAGGAUUACCCGUCGGGAAGCUGGGGCAGACUCUUGAUGAGCGGAGUGAGCUAUGUGGUGCUCUGCGUGGGCCCGCCAUUCCGAGAAAUGACUGCGCUAGGCAGUAA